AUGUCAUUACUUGACCAAAUAUUGGAUAAUCCAACUCUAACUGUCCUUCCAAAUGACCAUUUACGUCCACAGCAAGAACCUUUUUCUAAGGAUUCUGAAUUUACAUUAAAUUUACCACAAUUAGCUACAGUGGAUCAAAGCACUGAUCCAUACAUCUUAGCUGUUUCUGCUUGGGCUUCUUUGAUCUAUAGACUAAGUGGUGAUGACGAUAUUGUGCUUUACGUUUCUGGUAAUAAAGUUCUGAGAUUCACAAUUCAACCUACCUGGACAUUUCAACAAGUCUAUAGCGAAAUCUUUAAAAUUUUACAAAAUUUAGAAUCAUUAAGUGAUGUUAAUUAUGACACACUCUCUGAAACUUUACAAAAUCAAAACGAUUUAGAGAAACCACCAAGAUUUUUUUGUCUUGGUUUCUUAAAUGAUAACACUAGGGAUAUCUCAUUGAAUCAUUUUAAGCAUCAUCCAUUCGAUAUUUUAUUGAAUUUACAAUUAAACAGUCAUACUCUUACAUUUAAAUACAAUGGUCUACUAUUCGAUGAAUCAAGAGUACAAAUCAUUGCGGAUCAAUACACACAAUUAUUAUCUACAUCUUUAUCUAAUCAAGAUGAAAUCAUUACUACUGUUUCCUUGAUAACUACUAAAUCUAAAGAUAUUUUACCAAAUCCAACUAGUAAUUUAGACUGGCCUGGGUUUGUAGGUUGUAUUCAUGAUAUCUUCCAAGAUAAUGCAGACAAAUUCCCAGAAAGAACUUGUGUUGUAGAGACUGGAGAAAUUGAUGAUCCAAACCCCGAAAAGAGACGUGAAUUUACAUACCAAGAUAUCAACCGUGCUUCUAAUGUUAUCGCCCACUAUUUAAUCAAUACUGGGAUUAAAGUAGGUGAUGUAGUCAUGAUUUAUUCUUCUAGAGGUGUUGAUUUAAUGGUCUCUGUGAUGGGUGUCUUAAAGGCUGGUGCAACAUUCUCCGUCAUCGACCCUGCUUAUCCACCAGCUAGACAAACUAUUUACCUAGGUGUCGCUAAACCAAAGGGUCUAGUAGUUCUAAGAUCGGCCGGCCAACUAGAUCAACUAGUUGAAGACUACAUCAAUAAAGAGCUCGACGUUAUCACAAGAAUCCCAUCAGUAGCCAUUCAGAAUGAUGGUUCUAUACAAGGUUCACUAGGUGUCUCUACUGAUGUCUUACAACCUUACCAACACUUACAAGAUAUUCGUUCCGGUGUCAUUGUUGGUCCAGAUUCUAACCCAACUUUGUCAUUCACUUCAGGUUCCGAAGGUAUUCCAAAGGGUGUUUUGGGUAGACAUUUCUCACUUGCAUACUAUUUCAGUUGGAUGGCUCAAAGAUUUAACCUAUCCGAAAAUGAUAAAUUUACAAUGUUAAGUGGUAUUGCCCACGAUCCAAUUCAAAGAGAUAUGUUUACUCCAUUAUUCCUUGGUGCUCAACUUUAUGUUCCAACUGAAAAUGAUAUUGGUAUCCCAGGUAAAUUGGCACAAUGGAUGGGUGAAACUGGCUGUACUGUUACUCAUUUAACUCCUGCCAUGGGUCAAUUACUAACGGCUCAAGCUACUACUGAAAUUCCAAAAUUACACCACGCCUUCUUUGUUGGUGAUAUUUUGACUAAACGUGAUUGUUUGAGAUUGCAAACUUUAGCAGAAAACGUUAGAAUUGUUAAUAUGUAUGGUACUACCGAAACUCAACGUGCUGUCUCUUAUUUUGAAGUUCCAUCUAGAGUCGAUAACCCAACUUUCCUACGAACUACAAAGGAUGUUAUGCCAGCUGGUAAAGGUAUGAAGAACGUUCAAUUAUUAGUGGUUAACAGAAAUGAUAGAACUCAAAUUUGUGGUGUUGGUGAAGUCGGUGAAAUUUACGUUCGUGCUGGUGGUCUGGCUGAAGGUUACAGAGGGUUACCGGAUUUAAACAAAGAAAAAUUCAUAAAUAACUGGUACGUUGAAGAAGGUCAUUGGAAUAAACUAGACAUCGAUAACGGUGAACCAUGGAGAAAAUAUUGGUUUGGUCCAAGAGAUAGAAUGUACAGGACAGGUGACUUGGGACGUUAUUUGCCAAAUGGUAACUGUGAAUGUUGUGGUCGUGCCGAUGAUCAAGUUAAGAUUAGAGGUUUCAGAAUCGAACUUGGUGAGAUUGAUACACAUAUUUCUCAACAUCCAUUGGUUAGACAAAACAUUACCUUGGUACGUAAGAAUCAAAAUAGCGAACCUACGUUGGUCACAUGGAUGGUUCCAAGAUUCGAUAUGCCAGAACAAUUGUCUCCAUUCCAAGUUACAAUUCCAGAAGACAUCAAAGAAGAUCAAACCGUAAGUGGUUUAAUUGGUUACCAUUUAUUGGCUAAGGAUAUUAAGAAAUUCUUAAAAAAGAGAUUGGCUAGUUAUUCAAUUCCAUCCAUGAUCAUUGUCUGGAACAAAUUGCCACUGAAUCCAAAUGGUAAGAUCGAUAAGCCAAAAUUGCAAUAUCCAACUCCAAAACAAUUGAACUUGGUUGCUUCUCACAGUUCAACUGAUCUAGAUGAAAACGACUUCACAGAAGAAGAACGUGAAGUAUUGAACGUUUGGUUAGAAGUUCUUCCAAAUAAACCAGCUUCUGUUGCUGUUGAUGAUUCAUUCUUUGACCUUGGUGGACAUUCCAUCCUUGCUACAAAGAUGAUUUUUACGUUAAAGAACAAAUUGAACAUAGAUCUUCCAUUAGGUACUAUUUUCAAAUAUCCUACUUUACAAGCUUUUGCUGCUCAAAUUGCUAACAUUAAAUCGUCAGGCUCUUCUGAUUCUGCUCCUACUGUUGCCACUGUUGAUUAUGCAAACGAUGCUAAGAAGUUGGUAAACACAUUACCUGUCUCAUAUCCAUCUCGUGAACCAUUCAAUAUCAAAGAGAGUCAAACUAUUAAUGUAUUUGUUACUGGUACUACCGGUUUCUUGGGUUCCUAUAUUGUCUCCAAUCUAUUGAACCGUUCAAAUUCCACAACCAACUUCAAGGUAUUUGCUCAUGUACGUGCUAAAGAUGAAACUGUAGGUUUAGAGAGAAUUAAGAAAGCCGGUAUCACAUAUGGUAAUUGGAAAGAUUCAUUUGCUCCUUGUAUCCAACCAGUUUUAGGUGAUUUAUCAAAGGUUAACUUUGGCUUAUCUAAUGAGACAUGGGGUACUUUAACCAAUACUAUCGAUGUGAUUAUUCACAACGGUGCUUUGGUUCAUUGGGUCUAUCCGUAUGCCAAAUUGAGAGACGCCAACGUUAUUGGUACCAUUAAUGUAAUGAAUAUGGCUGCUUCAGGUAAGCCUAAAUUUUUUGACUUUGUAUCAUCUACCUCUGUAUUGGACACUGACUAUUUCUUCAAUUUGUCUGAUAAAUUAGUAUCCGAAGGCAAAACAGGUAUUUUAGAAUCCGAUGACCUUCAUGGAUCAGCAACAGGUUUAUCUGGUGGUUAUGGUCAGUCAAAAUGGGCUGCAGAAUAUAUCAUCAGACAAGCUGGUCAAAGGGGUCUACGUGGUUGUAUUGUUAGACCAGGUUAUGUUACUGGUUGUUCCGAGAAUGGUUCUUCAAACACAGAUGAUUUCUUAUUAAGAUGUCUAAAGAGUGCCGUACAAUUAGGUAAGAUUCCAGAUAUUUCUAACACUGUUAAUAUGGUCCCAGUUGACCACGUUGCUCAAGUUGUUGUUUCUACUUCUCUAAACCCUCCAAAGAAUACCGAAGUUGCUGUUGCUCAAGUUACUGGUCAUCCACGUAUUUUGCUCAAGGAUUACCUAUAUACUCUUCACAAAUAUGGUUACUCUGUUGCAAUUGAAAGCUACACAAACUGGAAGAAAUCUUUAGAGAUUGCUGUUAUCGAUAAGAAUGAGGAUAAUGCCCUAUAUCCAUUAUUACAUAUGGUUCUAGACGAUUUACCAGGUAACACAAGAGCUCCUGAAUUGGAUGAUGCUAAUGCAGUUGCUUCUUUGAAGGAAGAUUCUAAAUGGACCGGUGUUGACAAAUCUGCUGGAAUGGGUGCUACUCCUGAACAAGUUGGUAUUUAUAUUGCCUUCUUAAAUAAGGUUGGUUUCUUACCAUCUGCAAGCUCUUCAAUUUCUACUGCAUUACCAGAUAUCAAACUUUCUACUGAACAAAUUGAAUUAGUAUCUUCUGGUGCUGGUGCACGUUCAAGUUCUGCCAAAUAG